AUGUUACCAACAGUCAGUUUCAAGGUAUCACAGAGGUGUGCGGCAGCUGCGAGAAUAAACUUCAAUGUACUAGUCCGUUCCUUUAACACGGAACGCAUCCCAUCGCCUCCAAAGCUUCCAAAAGAAGAGCAAGAAGAGUUUGAAAGACUGCAGAAGCUUGCUCAAUCACAGGAUGCUAUCGACGAGUAUAACGCUGCGAUCGAGAACGAUCCAACUAAGGAAAGCGCAAAGUCGCCAAUUCUAAAGAACGAUAUAGGUGCUUUUUCGCCCGAGUUCUUCAAAACGAUUCCGGAGUUUGAGGGCGAUGUGAACCCCAAGACUGGCGAAAGAGGUGGGCCAAAGCAAGAUCCUCUAAGACAUGGCGACUAUUCUUUCAAUGGAAGGGUUACUGACUUCUAA